UGGUAAGAUUUCUUUGCAAGAAAAAGCAAAAGUCAUAGCAGAUGGUGUUGGAUACCUUAAUGAUGUCUCAAACUACCAAAUCGUUUGCAUGGAAGGGGCAAGACCAGGGGCGAGGAAUGAAAAAAAUGUUAACGAAGAGAAGAACAUCAAAAGCAUGAUACAACUGUUUAGCUAUAUAAUUGUAACAGAGGCUUCAGAACGAAGACAAGUAUACACAGGCCUUCGAGUAUAUGGUGCAACUACUUGUAAAACCGAACUCUCCCUUACAAUGCUUGAUUUUCGAACAUAUAGUUUGUUCGAAGUGGACCGUUUUAGUCUCCCAAAAGAUUGGGUAGAUAUGCCUAAUUUCGUUUUUAUGUAUGAAGCUCUAAUAAAGUGGGCAUUGUGUGUCCGUUAUACGAGAGAAGAAUUGAUUGCUCAGCGUAAAAAAAGAAGGAUGGGAAGAUACUCCGAAGCAAGAAUUGCCAAAAAAUUCACGGGUCUAACAUGA